AUGGGCGACGCGCUCCUCGACGCCGCGUCGGUGCUCGGGCUGCCCGGCGGGUCGGCGCCGCUGCGCAUGCCCGAGCUCGGGCCCGGCGCGCGGCCGCGGCUCCACCUCGCGCCGCGCGAGUCCGCCGGCGUCCACUUCGAGUGGCGCGCGAGCGGCGCCGGCGGCGCGAGCCCGCGGGGCAGCCUCGUCGUGAGCGGCUAUGUUUCGGCCGCGGCGGAAAAAAGAGCGAAGGCCGCCGGCGCGCGGCCCGGCGCGGCCCUGCUGAGCGUCAACGGCGUCAUCCUCGGCGACCGCGACAAGGGCUUCAUCAUGCAGCGCAUGAGUUCGACGCUGGGCGUCGCGCGGCAGCUCGGCUUCGGCGACUUUCCGGAAGCGGAGGCGGCGCCCGCGCUGCGCCACUCGACGUCGCAGCAGACCCUAAAAACGGCGCCGGCGUCGCCCCUCGCGCCCAAGCCCGCGUCGGCGUCGUCGGCGCCGCGCGCGUCGAACGCCGGGAGGUAUACGUCCUACCAACCGCCGCCGCUCGCGCGGCCGCCGGUCGCGCGGCAAACGAACCCCUACGCGGCGCCGAGCUUCGAGGCGCGUCGCCAAAACCCCUACGCCGCGACGAGCUUCGAGACCCGCGGCGCCUACCCCGCGCCGCCGCGGAGCUUCGAGGGCCACGCGGCGCGGCCGCCCGAGCCCGCGGCCAAGCGCGCGCUCGUCGCGCCCGCGGACCCCUACAGCACGAGCUCGCGGCGGCGGCGCAUCACCCACGAGUUCGCCGCGCGCGCCGUCUGGCCCCUGCUCCGCGACGCGGCCUACCGCGCGACGGUCCGCUGGACGCGCGGCCGCGCGGCCGUCGCGUGGCAGCGCCGCGCGCGCGGCGCGGCCGCGCGGCGCGCCGCGGCGCGGCGCCGCCGCCGCCGCGACGCCGCCGCGGCGACGCGGACCCAGGCCUGGGCGCGGCGCUACCUCGCGCGCGCCGCGCGCUACGCGCGCGCCGUCGCCGCGGCGCAGCGCGCGGCGCGCGCGUGGCUCGCCGUCGCCGAGGCCUGGCGCCGGCGCCGCGCGCUCAUGCGGCGCUGGCUCGGCGCCGUCGGCGACGCCCAGCGCCUCUGGCGCGGCGCCGCCGCGCGCGCGCGCGCCGCGCGCGUGCGCCGGCUCCGGGAGGCCAUGCGCCGCUGCCUCGGGCUGUUGAGCUUCGGCGCGCGCUUCGUCGCGCUGCGGCGCUGGCGCGACGAGACGCGGCGCGCCCUGGCGCUCCAGCGCGCCGCGCGGCGCUGGCGCGCGUUUCUUCUCGAUCGCGCGGCGUUCCGCGCCAUGGUCCGCCGCGCGGCGCUCGCGGCCGAGGUCUUACGGCGGAGCGCGCGGCAGCGGCGGCGCCGCCGGGCCUGGGACGCGUGGCGAACCGCCUACGCCGAGGAGCUCCGCUCGGACCGCAUCAAGGCGGCGCUCGCCGCGCGCGCGGCCGCGGAGCUUUUGGCGCGGCUCGCGGCGCAGAAGGCGAUGGAGGUGAGCGAGGACGAGGGCAUCGACGCGCCGUCGUCCGAGGACACGGAGAGCGUCGAGGAGGAGCCGGCCUGGACGCCGCCGGACCGGACCUGCGUGCGCUGCGGCCACCGCGGGCCCGGGAGCGGCUUCGCGCUCUCCGACGACGUGUGCCUCGCGUGCUUCGGCGAGGAAGCCGCGCGGCUCGCGCGGCUGCGCGAGGCCGAGGCGCGGCGCGCGCGGGCCCAGCUGAGGCUCCAGGCCUGGUGGCGCCGCGUGCUCUGCGAGGUCGCCUUCCGGCGGCGCCUCGCCGCGCGGCGGCGCUGGCGCGAGGAGGAGCGGCGCUGGCGCGCGGCGACGGUCGUCGCCGCGGCGGCCCGCGCGCGGCGCGCGGCGUCGCGGUUCCGCGCGCGGCGCCGCGCGGCCGCGCGCAUCCAGGCGCCCUGGCGCGGCAAGCUCGGGCGGGACGCCUUCGAGCGCAUGCUCGACGAGGCCAUGGUCGAGAUCACGAAAAUCGCGGACGCGUCCUUCGCGGAGCUCGCGGACUGGCCCCCGAAGCCGGAGCGGCUCCCCAACGGCGACUGGAAGCGGCCGGCCUGGAUGGAGGACAUCAGGGACGACACGGAGGACGUCUACGAGCAGUUGCUGCUCCUCGCGCUCAAGAAGCCGCCGCCGCCGCCGAAGCCGCCGCCGGAGCCCGACGACCCGGUCUACGACGGCGAGGACGAGGCCGCGUGCGCGUUCCUGAAAUUCAUGCUCAAGCAGACGCCGCCGCCGCCCUACUGCAUGGAGGACCCCAAGGCCCACCUGCGGAAUUUGGCCAAGAACCUGCCGCGGCGGAAGCUCGACCUCGGCCAGCCGCCGGAACCGCCCAUCGAGUGGGACUACGCGCCGGGCGACCCGCGCCGCGACGAGUCCUACGAGGCCGAGGCGAAGCGCCGCGCACCGCCCCCGCCGCCGCCGCCGACGAAGGUCGACCUCUUCCUCGAGCAGUGGUACAAGGACCACCCGGAGUGCCCGCGGAUCGACUUCGACUUCAAGGACGACUGGGCCGACCCCAAGUUCGGGCGCUAG